AUGAGACUUAGUUAUUUUUCAAGAAGAUCGUUCUUAAAACUUGAUAAUAUAUGCAAUAGAUUUCAUCGACUAUAUAAAAAAAAUCAAAAUAUUGGGACUUCUGGCUUAAUCUUUAUAUUUGGGGGUACAUCAUUAUUUUGUAUAUAUAAGAAUCUAAAUGCAAAAAACUGUAUAGGGAAUAAAUACUUUAAAGCAUUAUGUGCAUCAAAUAACAAUGAAAAAGGUGAAGAUAAAAAGAUAGUAAAUUUACUUUUAAAUAAAGAUAAAGAGCAUAAAUUUAAUGUGGAAUUUGUUGGAGCUCAAGGUCCUUUUGAUAAUGAUGAACUUUGUAAGACUUUACCAGUUUUAUCUGCAAGAGCAAUACAAAUAAAUGCAAAUGAUCCAAUUGAAGAUAGAUUAAUAAUACAACGUAUGAAGUUGACAUUACAAAAUGGAAAAUUUAGGGAAUUUGUUGUAGCUGCAGUAAUUGAUGGUCAUGGAGGUUGGCAGAUAGCAGAAUAUCUGCAAAAAAAAUUUUUACAUGUAUUUCAAAAUGAGUUAUAUGAUUAUAUAGAUCAGCUAUGGGGAAAUACAAAUUUUAGUUUUGAAGAAUUAAAUGAAACUGACUUUAUUGCGUGUUUAUCAUUAUGCUUAAGAAGGUCUUAUAUGAUAUUAAAUGACGAUAUAAAAAGAAUAUUAGAACCUGUAUAUAAUAUGGGAUUUUCUAGACUAGCAUCUAUUGGUGCCUGCUUAACUGUAUCUAUAGUUACUGAUUUUGGUAUACUAACAGCAAAUUCUGGCGAUUGUUUGGCUGUUUUUUGUAAUAAAACUGGAUUAUGGUUACCCAUGAAUGAGCAACUAUCGGCAAUGAAUCCAAUUGAACAGAAAAGAUUAGAGAAAAUACAUCCAAAUGAGAUAGAUGAUUUAAUUAUAUGCAAAAAGAUAUGGAAAGAAAGAUAUUUGUUAGGGUUAUUAUCAGAAUUAAAAUAUAAAGGAUGUUAUGUAAAAGGUAUAUUACAACCUUCAAGAGCAAUCGGAGAUUUUAGAUUAAAAGAUAUGGAUUUUAAUUAUAACUGGGAUAAAGAUUUGUCAUCAUCUAAACUAACAUCAGUAUUUUCAUAUAUUUUGAAAAAUUUAGAGGAUGAGACGAAAGAUGAAAAUAAUAUUCUCAAUCAGACUAGUUUAUCUGGGACUCAUGAGCCUACAUUAGAUGAUUGUAAGGUUAUACCCAAUAAUAACUCAGAUUCCAAAGAAAUAACAAAUUCAUGUCCUUAUUCAUAUUCUUUAAUAAAUGGAAGUAAUUCUAUACAUAUGAGUAGAUCAGAUGAUCGAUUUUAUGUCAAAAACCCUCAGAGUUUUCCUUAUGUUAGAACUGAACCAAUGCUACAUCUAUUUAUGUAUAAUCAAGAAUUAACUAAAAGAUUGGAAUCUACUACUAAUACUCAAAUAAAUAAGAUAUCUAAUAAAAAUUAUGAACUAAUAUCAAAUGUUCAAAAUAAUAAAACAGACCACACUUUGUCAAUAAAUAUCAUACAACCUGAAUAUUUAAAUCCACCAUUAAGUGAGUGCAAUAGCACAGGUGAAUACAUUAAAGAAUAUGCACUGUCAAAACUUAAAAAUAUAUACCCCCCUACUUUAUCAUAUAUAGAUAGUGAUAACAAUAAUGAGAAAGAAAAAUCAAGUUAUUUGAUCCUUGGUACUGAUGGUUUAUGGGAUUUUCUUACUCCUAAAGAUACUAUGAAUAUUGUUACAAAGAGUAAAGAUAUACAGAAAAGUAUAGAAAAUUUAAUUAAAGAAGUAUUUAAAAAAGCUGGUAUUAAUAGUUUAAAAGAUCUUAAGAAUGUUAAGAAAAAAAGGAAAGUAUUUGAUGAUACAAGUAUUAUUUUGCUGAAAAUUGAUAACUCAUUUCUAAAGUUUAAUAAGCAAGCUACAACCAACUAG